AUGCACUCGCUACGGUUUCUGAGUGCUGAAGUUCUGGUAUCCAAGGGGCAGCUGGUAAGACAGAACCUGAGCCAUCUUGCCCAUAACCUCUUCCCUCUUCUUUUUAAGGCAAGCUACUUACAGGAGCAGGUGGAGGUAAUUCAUGACCUGGUGGAGAACUGGCCACUGGCCGAAUUCAAUAUUGGAAAGUUACUGGGAAAGACAGCUGAUCACCCAGAAGACAUCAGUAACCGAGCCUGUUCUCUGUGCCUGGCCAGCUGCCUAGCUGGUUUGAAGGACUAUGUUUUGAAUUGCUCAUCACCCUAUGCGAAACGACUGAAAACUGUGGACUUAACAGGCAUAAAGGAUGUGGAAGUUCAGCUCUGCCCUUGUAGGAAAACAAUGGGGCGGUGGGCCCGGACAGAGCUGCUCUCGAGGACCUGCUAUGAUCUGCUGGUGGACAUGCAAAACUUGCCCUUCCUUCCAGAUGUGUUUGAGGUCUCGGUGGAUGUCUUUGCCGACAUCUUUGUUACUGAACGAAGCUAUGAGGUGGUUGUCCAGGCCCUGCUAAUGAGGUGUCACUGCCCACUCAAAAUCCGCUGCAAAGCCUUCCGGGUGGACAACCUGGCUCUAAGGAAGCUCUUCUACAUCAUAAAGCUUACAGAGCCCUCUUCCCUGGGCAAGUUUGAAGUAGUUCACAAUGUUAGGCUCCAUAUGGAACAUUUGCAAGUGCUUUUUAAUAACGUCCAAUUUCCUAAACUGGCAUCGCUCACACUGCCAGCUGGGACCUUUGAUGUGAGAAGGUUCACACCAGAGGAUGAAGCCACUCUUUCAGGAAUUGGGGAAAAGAUGAGCCAAAUGACUCAGCUAACAGAGCUGAGCCUGGCAUUUUCCAUCCUCACCGGACGGCUCCGCAAACUGCUCAGUCCUUUGAAGACACCGCUGAAAAUGCUGGAUGUUUCUAACUGUUCGCUGAACCAUCUUGACAUGGCUUAUUUAGCCAAUAGCCUACAUUCUGAGAAACUAGAAGCUCUGGAUAUCAGUGGACAUGAUGUGGCUGAUUUGUACCCAUCAACCUUCUUCAAACUCCUGAACCAUUCAUCUUAUACACUCAAAAGUCUCACACUUGAGGAAUGCAACAUUCAGGACAUUCAUAUCAACAUGCUGAUUUUAGGAUUGGUUCCUUGUCGGAAAUUAGAGGAGCUGAAGUUCCUUGGAAAUCCUCUAUCUUCUCGAGCCUUGAAAUGCCUUUUUAAUAUUUUUAUUGAUUUUCCAAGGCUGAAAUAUAUCGAAUUUCCAGUUCCGAGAGAUUGCUAUGCAAACAACAUCAGUUACCCAAUUGGCGAAAGUGAUCUUUCAAAAUUUGACCACCAGAAGUAUGAGAGAAUAGUCGAAGAUCUUCACAUGAUUUUAUUGCAAGCUAAGCGGGAAGACAUCAAGGCUUCUACUCCCCUCUAUGGAGGGUAUGAUGCUGCAAUUCAAGAAACGGGAAACGAACUAGGAAUUUCUUUGUUGAAGUCAUUCCAAGAUGCCCUACAAAGUUUCAGUGUGGCCCUUAAGGAAAUGAGCUGA